AUGGGAAGUUGUGCUGAAGCUAAAAAUGCAAGUCAAUCUUCCCGUACUCACGCACCACCAGUUCGACCACAGGUUCUAAAUUUCUCUAUCAGCAUUUGCCAACGCAAACAAACCGGGAUUCUCCUGGCAAAACGCCUCAAGAGGGAUUUCAAAAGGAAACGUGUACUCAGCACCCGGAACCAGUGCCUUCAACGAGGACGCGCCAAAUCAAAGCAGCCCACGAAAAGAAACGCAGCCCUUUGUGAAGCUGAAUCUGCUGCCCCUCACGGGCAGGUCCCCGGGCCCGCCGCGCAGCCCGUGCCCCGCGCAGGACUCGGGCCGCCCCCUCCCAGCCGCCGCCGAGGGCUAAAGCAGCGCAGCUUCGCCGGCGGGGGCACGGCGGGCGCCCGAAGGGCUGGCCGAGGGGGGCAGCCCCGUGUGGGGAAAGGGCAGGGACCCGCGGUGAAGGGGCAGCGCCAUGCGGGGAAGGGAAGGGGACCCGCGGGGAAGAGGCAGCGGGGCCGACACCGGGGCCGACCCCGGCCGGCCGGCCCCGCCCCACCCGCGCGGCCCCCCCCCGCCCACGUGCUACGUCACCGCGCGCCGCCGGGUCGCCCGGCAACGGCCCCGCGUCCCGGAACAUGGCGGCGGGGCCCGGGGCGAUGGCGGCGGGGCGGCGGCGGAAGCGGCGGAGCGCCCGUGAGUGCGGCUCCCCCAAGGGCACCGGGACCGGCGGGGGGGCAGCGCACGGCCCCGGGAGGCUGUGGGGGUGCCCAGCGUGACUGUCCCCAAAGCUCCCCCAGCUGCAGACAGCAGGACGGGGCAGUUUCGGCCCAAGAACUGCCUGAACCCAGCGCAGGUCCCGUGAACUCCCAUGGCAGUAGUUGGGGAAGAACGAGAAUACUGGAUUUUCUGAUAUCAAGUAACCUCAGUAUUUUUUCUUCCCUCUGCACAGCACCAGAUCAUUUGGAAGAAAAUAAUGUUCCAGAUGGGUAUUUCCUUCCAAAUGAAGCAGAUCUUCGUCAGGUAAUUGUAUUUCCAAAAGCAGAAUGGGAAAGGAUUCAGAACAGCACUAAAGAAGCAGCACACAUCCUCGAUGAGAAGAAAGAACAGGAGGAAAGUCACUUAGGCUCCAAAGCUGCUGUAAAAGACCCGCCCAAUGCCACUGUGAGCCUAGCACAAGAGAAACUUAAAGCCAAAAAAUUACGUGAAGAAAGGGAAGAGGAAGAAAGAAAGUUACUUGAUUUGGAAGAAGCAAAGUUCCGAGCAGCAAAACGGAAGGAGAUUAUCGAUCAUGCAAAAACCUACCUAUCCUAUCAGAACGACAGAAUGAAACAGUUCCACAGUGCACUUCUACUUACUGAGGUCCUAAAAGAAAGAGAUGCUCAAGUUGAAUUUCAAAAGUUGAAGUCAGUUGUUAACAAAAAGAAGGAACGUGAAGAAGAGGAACGUCUAUUUAAAGAAUACAUUCUCAGAGAGCAAGAAAAGGAACAGCAGCAUUAUAUGAAGGAGCAAGCACUACGCAAAUAUCAGCUGGAACAAAUAAAGGAGCACGAGCAUCAGGCAGAUCUGGCCAAGAUAGAAAUCAAAAGAGAAGCAGAAGAAAUAGAGAGAUUGAAUCAACUGCACAAACUGGAAAUUCAGAGAAGAAAGGAAAAGGAACACGAGGAAAGAGCUGAACGCCGGAGGCUGUAUCAUGAAUACAUAGCUGACCAGAAAAUAAUCAAAGCAAUAGAGGAACAAAAACAAAUGGAAGAAGAUGAUCGGAUCAAAGCUCAUUUUAAAGCAAAGCAAACUAUUGCCCGGAUGAGAAAAACGAAAGAAGCUGAAAUGCGUAGAAAAACACAGGAACAACAGGACAGAAUUGUUAAUCAAUUAGCUAAACAAUUGGGUGAGGCAUUAAAGAUGGAAGACGAUCGACUUGCUAGAGAUGUUGCAAAAAUAGAAGCUGCAGAAGAAAAUAAACGCAAAGAGAAAGAAGCAAGACAGAAGGCUGCCAUUGAAUCUAUUGCUGAAUACAGAGCCACUGUGAUUAAGAUGAAAGAGGAAAAAGAGAGACAGGAAAAAGAAGAGGCUGAAAAAGAACGUGAUGUGUUAAUGGAAAAUGCCCGCGUCUACCAGGAAAUGGAAAAAGCCAAGAAAGAAGGACGACAUGGCACAAACAAGGAAGUACAGAAAAUUCAGAUCCAGCAAAUAGCUGAAAAGCAGGCAAAACGACAGCAGGAAAAACAAGCAGACUUGGACUAUGAAGCUGAGAAAGAAGCUAUUGCACGUGGUAAAGAGCGUGAAUUUCAGAGCUAUGCAAAGCAAGUAAUUGAAUCAGAGUCCAAGACUACACAUCAUCUGUAUCCUCUUCUCAAAGCAUGCAAAGAUGGAAGAGGACUGGGACAUGGGCCAUUUUUCUGAAAAGAGAAGAAAUAAAUACUACUUUCCAAGCAUA